AUGGAUAACAUUUCGUCAACCGUGGGCUACUCGCCGCUCUUGCCGACUACGGACUAUGUCCAAACGUCUGCAGAUCCAAAUUGCACCAACGCGUCGAUGGAUAUGGAAACUGUCAUAACGGUGGACAUGAACGGACCACUGAGCUACAACAUACCUAUAAAUGGCUACAUCAGUCCUUUGGUGAUCAUCUUUACGUUGGUAACAAACUCCCUAGUUUGUGUGAUUCUACUGAAACCGAACAUGCGCUCGCCUACCAAUAUGAUACUUGUGUUCAUGGCUGUCUCAGACACCCUGACUGGACUCUCGCCGAUCCCUUGGUACCUCUACGCAUUCACGGCCGGAAACUACAAAGACUACGUCCCUUUUGAAUGGUGCAGUGUGCAGAGUCUACUCAACAGGGCCCUUCCCACGGUGUUCCACACGAUGUCGAUAUGGCUGACUCUAGCUCUCGCCAUUCAACGGUACAUCUACGUGUGUCAUUUUUUACUCGCCAAGAAAUUGUGUACCAUGAAGAAUGUGGUCAAAGGCUCAGGGGGCAUUUUCAUUGUGAGUGUAGCUGUCCAUAUUCUUAUGUUUAUUGAUCAAUUAUUCAAGCCAAUAGAGGUGCCCUCUUUGAUAAAUCCUAACGUGACCGUCAAGGCCUGCUUCAUGGGUACCCCAGAGUUUUUAAACCCCAUAGCUAUGCCUCUCUAUAACACCUACUAUUGGUUCAGAGUGCUGUUCAUUCACUUGAUCCCCUGUAUCAUGCUAGUCGUCAUCAAUGCCUUACUGAUACGGACCAUGCAGAAAGCUAAGAAACGGCGAACCCAACUUUUGAAACAGAAUAGGAAGUCAGAAGUGAGGAAAUUGAAAGAUGCGAACUGCACGACAAUGAUGAUGGUGGCUGUUGUUGGGGUGUUCCUCGUUGUGGAGCUCCCCUCUGGAAUUCUCUUCGCCGUCUUUAUUAUUAACACGACCUUCAGUCUUGGAAUUCUAGAACGCGACGUGGAAAAAAAAGUGUCUACUAUUUUUAACUUGCUGAUUCUCAUUAGUUAUCCAAUUAAUUUCUUCAUUUACGCUGGGAUGUCGAGACAAUUCAGGGAGACAUUCAAACGGUUAUUCUGUAAAGGCCCCCUCCCAUUGGACAGAGAACACUCCCAAUAUAGUGCGUUAGCCAAUGAGAAUGGACGAAUUGUGAAUACUUGUACGACUGCGAUAUGAGAGGCGUAUUUUGAUUGGAUGAUAUAUUGGAAGUGUUGGCAUGGUUGCGGUUGUUCUGUAUCAUUGAAGGUCCCAUAAACUUGUCUUAGCGAAGGUUGUAUGCCACAUAGAUGGAACCGAACGGAGCUAUAAGUAAGUGAAUAAUCCGUGAGAAAUGACGGACAAUAUCGCCACCGUUUGUCUAAAGAGAACUGUGCAUUUCUAAAAACUCCCGGUCACACUAGCCAGUCAGGCGCCCUUAAUCCUGUAUCUGCGGCGCUGUCGUCCAAUUGGAACCAAUCAGAAUGGAGUAUUUCGGUAAACAUUCAGAAGUGGCCUGGUGGUGACUGUAAUAUGGCUCAAAUUUCGAGGUUUGUUGACCGUUGAUCGUUUAUUGACAUUUCAGCUGUAGAUGACAAAAAGCAUCUUUGAACAAUUUAUUGUUGCAAAUUGUAUGUCACACCUAACGGAACCGAACGAAACUAGUGUGCGGGUGGAAUGAUUUUGCGUGUUCCCCUCAUUGUUUGGGAACGCGGUGGGAGAGAUCGACAGUCUUUUCUCUGUUUCCCCUAUUGAAAGUGAUGGGUCUCUGAUCUGUAGCUUUCUAGUACCGGUAUAUAUGGAGGCACUGAAAGUGGGAAACAAGCAUUAGCGUCACAUCUGGAAUUCUGAGAUUAGGUAGGUGAAAACUCUAUCGAACUCCCGAGAAAGACUAACUUUAGGGAUUACGUAACAUAGAUUAGCCGCUGCAGCGCUUGGGACAUAAGUGCUGAAUGGAACAAGAAAUGUGAUCAACGGAUACCUGCUAUGGGAGGGCGAUUUGAUAUCUAGUCUACCAUUAUGCCUGCGCUACCUCUGGUUGGGACAGCAAGAACUUUUAAAACGAAGAGACAUCUUCCGAGGAUCACUGCUGACAAGUUUGAAAGGCCCACUGCACUUAAGAUAAUUUGUUGUAAAGACGUAAAUUAAUAAGUUAUUAAUGAUGAUAUUGGCCAUGUUGAACAAAGCAGGUGACAGAUUGUAAUGUGGGUGGUUAUUUGGGUUCAAGUCAGCUGCGUUUGUCCCUUUCUCUAAAGUAUCAAUCUCGACGAAAUAUAAUCAUCAGUUUUGAUAUUUCGGUUUGACAUCCGUCUGAGGUCCAGCAAUUAUCCGAAAUGAUAUCACGAUAUUCACUAAACCCAUCGUGGUAUAUUCGACUGGGGAUGUUUUUCGAAAAGGCAAGGCAUUAUGAAAAAACAUUGCUUUGACGAAGUUAUGUCUGUUUUGUCGGACAUGGCCGCCCAUUGUUGUAAUACCGUCACGCUACCUAGCGAUAUUUCCCCAAAUUAUUACCCUUGGUUUGUUGAUGACUCUAUAUUUUUGUUGUAAUAUGUAUCCAAUGUUGAUAGCAUUUUGUAACAUUCGAUGCCUUUUUUUGAUUGGGCCAUGAUAGAUGAAUUGUUACGGACCACAACGCGUGUUAAAGCCUCAAAACCUCGACGUGAGUCAGUUGCAGUGGAAUAAGGCCUGGCUUGUUUAUUGAACACUAGGCUGGUUUCGCAAUCCGUACGAGCGACGAAGUACACAUUACACAGGUCAUUGGUGUCAUCAGAUCGUGUGCUUUUUCAUUUACGGGACACUCUUAAAUCAUCUUCUAUACUUGUAGAAGGAAUCGGGGAACUUUCAUUUUGUCAUGAAAGAUGUCUUCUGACUUGCUGCUUGAGCACAGUGGCGAAUACCAUGAACUGAAGAAGUGGCUCACACCAUCGAAAAUGUUUCUCUUAAUCUUCAAGGUGUGAGCGGGUGCCCUCAUGUAAGGGGUGUGUCUCUUGUGCUGUUUUGAUUGUGUUGUGUGUUUCAUGAUCAGUGUAUCUGUUAUUUUAUGACUUGGUAGGAAUGGUUGAUUUGAGAGUAUGCUGCUAAUAUCGUUCCUCUCUUCUGGCUUUGUUUUGAAUGUACAUGUACACGUAUGUGUGUGAUUGAAUGCAGUGAUGAACCCAGGAGGUGGCGAGGAGCAGUCCUUUUUGAAGAAGAGGUCAGCUUAUUUGAAAUAAACCAUGAAUUGAGUAAAGUUAGCCUUAAGGAAACCAGUGCGUUCCCCCUUUCUCAAAGGCAUCCAUCAAUUCUUAGACUCCUGGAUUUGCGUCUGUACAUGGUGGUUUGCCCCAAACGCGUCACGGUGUCUGUCUGCUCUCUGAUCAACAAAGAUAUUUCAUUGCAGACUCGGAAGAGUUGUUGUUACUCUUUGGUUCUUUUCUUGAUAUCAAAUUGGAACAAUAAAUUGCUUGGAUUACGAACAGCAGAUGACUUGAAGGAAAGCUUGCACAUUUUGUUAUGAAAAUGGUAUGUUGUCAGAAGAUCGUGAUUUGCUGUGGAUCUAAGGGUGGCGUGUGCGUUGAGUGGGGUGCCUGCUUGUCUGUUAUUUUGCCGACCUCAUCGAGAGACCGACAUUGUGUGAUUGCUGGUGCUGUGUCUAUUGAGUGGCUGAAUGUGUAGUUGCGUUGGUUGUUGAUUAGAGACUGAAUUGGAUAAUUUGCUUGUGGUUUGCAAGUGAGCGUCGCUAGAGGAGAGGAGGUGCCUGUGUGUAUCAGUGCUUCAGCGAUAACUUCAGUACAUCGACAUUAAAGCUGACAUGCAUGCAUAAAAACCCUAACGGGAUCACCCGACCACCAAACGACCAAUUGCAUUUGAAACAUGAUAGACACCCAGCGACUGGUCUCACUUGACUGCACAAACAACAAGUUCAUUGACUGAGACGCUUUCAUGUAAAAAAAAGAAGAAAAAUAUUCUUCGAGCGGGUUCGAACUCGGAUCCUUCGCCACUUGAUCCAUGCCGUCUUACCCACUAUGCCAUGAAGCCGUUGUUGCAGCCGAACAUAUUUUUCAUUUUUGUCAUUUCACGUACCGGUACAAGCUUGACAGAAUGGCGUCUGAAACAUGGCUGACCGGUCCUUCAAAACUUGGCGGACGGGCCUUGGUGUUAUCGGACAUCGCCGUUGGGGUUUUUAUGCAUGCAUGUCAGGUUUAAUUCGCAUUUACAAAUUCUUGCUGUGUAACACGGAAGAUGGUUACCCUUCAGGGGUCAAUUGGGAAGCACACUGACUCGUAUAAAUCGGGCAAUGGGACAUGACCCUCUCGGCUUUUCAUUAUGGUUACGACUUGACUGUGAUCAACACUGAUUGCUUUUCGGAUUAUAUAUGGCAGCACUGGUCGUACAAUGGCCCUCCAAGCAAUCACGGGAUAUUGUCUCUUCCAAUUCUACCACUUCAAUUUUGCCCACAGGCGCGUGUCGAUUAUAUGAUUCAAAGGAGAGCGAUCAGCCUCCAUAAAACCCACAGAAAACACACAUAUAAGAGCGAAUUGCGUAAUUUUUUCGAUUGUAUAUAUCAGUUACUUCGAGGCUCAUCGUUCGCUAUCAUUCUGGUAUCUUCACGCACCUGUGUUCUACUCCACGAACCGUGGGUUCAAAUUGGCGGCCUGUGUUGGCCGUCUUUUUAGGAGCUACCUCGAUUACGAGCUAGAGCUGUCAGGCUGUGAUCUGGGAAUAGACACCACAGUAGCAUUUGCUGUCACCAGGUGUUUUUCUAUCAAUACCACACGAUAGGCUAUAUAAACUUGUACAGAAGUCUUUCUGUGGUCAGUUUUCUAUAGAAGACGUUGUAAUAUAAAUUUGCAGAAUUGCGGCGUAUAUACCAGCCGCUGAUUCCGAUUCCGACUUGAGGCUGUAUAAAAAGCGGAAUCGUACGGAAUAAAGAGGUACAUUCUUGUUUCAAAUUUGUGUGUGUUCUGCCAAAAAGGACAACUGAUUUGAAAGAACAUACGGGGAGAUUGUUUCCGGGGCGUUAUCAUUUGUUAAUUAUUGUUUGAAUCAACUUUAUUUCAAAUAUUGCUAAGUUCAGCCAGUUGUUGCCUGGUUGCCAUAAGAAGAACUUGCUUGCCAAAAAAAACAACCGUGAAAUGUUGGACGCCGUUCGUCUUUUUGGCAAUGCCUUGCAAGGAGUCAUUUCAUACGCCAGCAUUUGCGCCUUGAGAGGAUGUUAAGAUAUCGGAUUGGUUACAAAUCAUGCCGCUAGGUUGCAGGUCUGAUUAACCACCUACCGGACGAUCGGGAACCAACCAAACUUGUCUGAUUCCCUUGAAGAGGAAGCGACAAAGAGGAUGGUGUGUGAAUAGUUGUAUUACCCUUGAAGUACUAGGGGAACCACCCGCGAUACGGAAAGUUAGUUGGACAUAUCUCUGUAGUAUAAAAGACAUGUCCAGUUGAUUUUUGUGUUAAUUGUAUAUUACGCAGACAUGUCCAGUUCACUUCCUUCUUCAUAUGCGGCGCCCCCAGUACUUUAAGCAGGGAGAGACAAGACCACUAAUGAAUAUUCAUAGGUUGGAGGGUCCAGGCCUAUCUAUUAGACGAGUGCAUGUUUUUUACUCUCAAGUACAUAUUUGGAGAGGUAUUGAAAAAAUAUUUGUUGUGGCAAGUCUACAGAUAUAAAGAAAUUAUUUGAUGAAAAAAUUAAUUUCGAAUUUUGCUAAUUUGGUAAUAGGGGGCGUGUUUUGAGUUUUUUCUGCCAGUUGGCUGAAAAGAGUGGAAAUAUCAAAGUCUGUCUAAUUUGUCGAUUAAAAAAAAAUUUCCGUGGUCAAUCACCAUUUUAUUUUUCACCAUUUACUUGCCCGACUGUCCGGAAUCACAUAAUCUAAAUUUCAGAUUCACAACACCACGCGUUCUUUGAUGCGUCGCGGUCAAACAUUGACAAUUUAACUGCUAAAAGGCUUAAAAAAUCAAUUGUGGUCUUGUCUCUAUUUACACUACAUUUUGGGUCAAUAUAGUGAAAAAUUUGAAUGUGCUCAAAUCACUCUAAUUCAUUUAGAAUAUUGUAU